GUCACCUGUCAAUCAAAAAACGUCGAGGAACGUUACAAGCACACAGAUGUCAGGCCCUGUCGUGCUAGUGUAUCAGUAGAUUUCUCACCACUAGCCAGGGGAAUAUUUCCGGGACAGCGACCUGCAGGCACAUGCAGGAAUGAUGAUGGCGGUUUUGUUGCGUGUGUCCUUGACCCUGGCUGGCCUCUUCAGUUGUUACCAUUCAUCGCACGUGCCUACCAAUGUCGACAUCGUGUCUAACUUAAUUAAGAUCUGUGUAGAAACGGCCGUUGAACAAGUCAACUCGAACGCGAAGGGCAAGCAUGGUAGUCAUUUGACCGGGCACCAUGCACAUCAUGGUCACGGCCCCCAAAUGAUGAGUUCACACAGUAAAAAUGCCCACAAUGGACACUCAAAAGGUCACAUGGACCAUUCAGAAGGUGGACACUCUCACGAGCACGUGCGAAUUCUAGAUGAAAAUGCCCGCCUUGUCAGACAAAUACAGGAAAACUUUCGAAAAUUGACCGGGGCAUGGCCAGAAUCUAUUAUGAAAGAUGAGAUGUUAAAGAAAGAAUGGCGAAAGCACGUGACUCCCCAUUGUGGUUUUAAGUCUCCAAGUAUAACAUGUGACCGAUCAGCACGCUAUAGGACAGCAGACGGAACGUGUAAUAACCUUGACCACCCUUUUUGGGGCAGUACUAUGACGCCACAGACUCGAUUUCUACCACCACAAUACGCUGACGAAAUUGAUGCGCCACGAACAAAAUCAAUCAACGGGAGGCCCCUCCCAAGUACACGUUUGAUAAGUAAUAUCAUCCACAGCAACACAGGUCACACCGCAGCGCACAGUAAAAAGAGCACCAAUAUGUUCAUGGCGUACGGGCAGUUCUUGGACCACGAUAUACUUCAUACACCCGUCCUUAAAGAUGACCAAGGGAAGGAUAUGAAGUGCUGUCCACUCGGAAAUAAAGACGAUCAUUGUUUCCCUAUACCAGUACCUCUGGAUGAUCCCAUGUUUAGAGGAUGGUGCAUGAGCUUCGUGAGAUCAUCAGCCACACCAUACAUGGACUGUGACCCAGGACAUCGAGAGCAGCUGAACCAUCCCACAUCCUUCAUAGACGGAUCUACCAUAUAUGGCUCGAACAAAGUGCACCAAGAUGAGCUUCGACUUCAUCACAAUGGUCGUAUUAAGCUGACUCCCUCUGGACACCUCCACAGCGCUCCCGAUAACGAGUGUAUCCUCUCCUCACCUGGACAUCACUGCUUUCAGUCAGGCGAUGGACGCCGUCAUGUGACUCCGACAUUGACAUGUUUACAUUUGUUGUUCGUAAAAGAACACAACCACGUGGUCGACACAUUGCGAGAACUGAAUCCAAACUGGGACGAUGAACAUCUGUUCCAGGAAGGAAAACGAAUAGUCGCUGCCGAGUUACAGCACAUAUCAUUCUCCGAAUACCUACCUAUUGUUAUAGGUAAAGAACAAAUGGACAGGUAUGGAUUGUUUCCUACAGCCCACACAUAUAACAAUGUGUACGACGCAACAGUGGAUGCCUCUACAUCAAAUGUUUUCGGAGCUGCAGCUUUCCGGUUUGGACAUUCAGAAGUUCCAGGCGUUCUAGCCAUGAUGGCCAGGAACUACAGUCUAAUUAAAGCCAUUCCUCUCCACACCCAGUUCAAUAGGCCUGAUCUUAUGUUUGAUACCGAUGGAGAUGAGAAUCUGAUGCGGUGGAUGGCCAAUUCCUACCACGACCGGAAUGACCGACUAUUGCAGGACAGUGUAAGGAACUUCUUGUUCUUAAAGGAUGAUGGGGAGAGUUUUGAUCUAGCAGCCAUUAACAUACAAAGAGGGCGUGACCACGGACUUGCACCCUACAACACUUGGCGGAAGUGGUGUGGUCUUCAGACAGCUCUACACUUCGGGGACGGAUUCGGGAGACUAGUGGACCAUGACCAAGCAACCAGAAAAUUGUUGUCCAAAGUGUACUCUCACCCGGAUGAUAUAGAUCUGUACACUGGAGGCUUAUCAGAGAUACGUCUCCCAGGAGCCGCAACAGGGCCAACAUUUGCUUGUAUCAUAGCCAGACAGUUCAGGAAAUAUCAGAGAGGAGAUAGACACUGGUAUGAGACCGACCAUGCGGAAAACAGAUUUACUCUUGCACAACUGAACGAGAUAAAGAAGACCUCCUUGGCUUCAGUACUAUGCAAAAAUACAGGCACGCAACAUACCCAGCCUUCAGUGUUCCUAGCUUCGGACGAUUUCAGUAACAGAAAAGUGCUUUGUGACCAGAUUCCUUCAAUUGACCUAUCCUUAUGGAAGGAGUACAGCGAGAUAGAAAAUCCGACCUUUCAGUCGCCGAAGUCCUUCUUAAAUCCGCUACAAAGUCCUAAUACAAAUGUCUUCAAGGAUGUAUUCAACAAACUACUGCAGAACCUACGCAGAAGAAUGGUCGUCAAAGUGUGAAAAAACUUAUCCAAAGACGUCGCAUUUUUACCUUUGCUUUCAUUUUUGAAGAUUUUUUCAAAAUGCAACAAAGAUAAUCAAAGAUAAUUUUUCCUCCGUACCAUAAAUAAUCUUUAAUGAUUAUGGAUUUACAGAAUGUAUACAGAAAAUACACAUCAUAUAAACAUCAGAUGCAUCACAUGUCAAAUAGUUUAUGUAUUAAAUACAUUGCGUCUCAAAUAUACCAAAAAUCAGGUGAUAACAUAUGGAUUGCUUUUCAAAUAUCUAAAAAGGAAAUAUGCAAUAAACCAAGUAUAAUUACAUUUAAAAUAUAUUAUUAUACCUUUACGUUUUUUUCUCUAAAUAAAAGUAAUGUGAUAAUUUGACUAUCAGCCUCUAGAGGAUUGCGCAUGUGUUUCCUGGACUAUCACACCGUGUGACAGUUCGAAAAAACUGUCACACGGCAAACUGUCACACGGCGAACUGUCACAGCCCUGCUGUAACGUCGUCAGAACGUUUGAAAGACAGAACGAGAUGCAAGCGCUUAAUUGACACAUAUUGUUUGUUGUUGCAGACGAUAGCCUAACAUUUUGUUUUCUCUCACGAAACUGUCAAACACGGAUCAACACACGAGUUUUCAAAACGCCACAGACGUAGAGAUCGAGUAAUUAUUAACAAACAGAGAUAGCCAAAACACUAUAAGGGUCAUAUAAACGUCUGUCAGGUUAAUGGAGGACUAUAUAGCAGAUUCUCAUACCAGCACAAACAUCUAUAUAGAGAAAAAAAACGUAAAGGUAUAAUAAAACAGUUAUCAAAUGGGGUAAUUCGGGCAAUAGUAAUUUUGUCAGCCCCUCAUCAACAACGGUUGCCCUCGGGCUAAAGCCCUCGUGCAACAGUUGUUGCUUCGGGGCUGACAAAAUUACUGUCGCCCUCAUACCCAUUUGAUAACUGUAUAUUAUAAUAUAGGCAGGAGUUACACACUAAAAAGUAUUUAGUUGAAGAAUGUAUCAUGAUUAACACAGAUGUUAUGAAAUAUAUAAUUGAUAAUUCCAUUAGCAUUAAUAAAAUACCAACACUAAACUAGGGGAAAUAAUGCGUACAAAAUUGAGAGUUAAUCAAUUGAGAAUGUGUCAUUAGAAUACAUCAACAUAUACCGAUCAGUAAUAAUACCAGUUUAUAAAUAUUUCAUAAAGUAAUGCAAAUAACGAGUGUGAUUAAUUGAAUACCAUUCAAUACAAAUAAAAAAUGUAUCAAUUACAGUAUUACUAUGGCUACUCAUGUGCGAAUCUGAUGGGAUUUUCCUGAAAAUGUUUUUCAUAUCUUUACCGGCGUUCAGUUUUACACUAAUUAAUGUCCAUGUUGUAUCAAGGUCGAACACAUUUUACUGACGUUAAUUAUCAUUGUUAUAAUCAAUUGUAAUUAAAAUAGAGAUAUUCAUCGUUAGACAUUUAACACCUUUUGCCAUACACAUUAUUUUGAAGUCUGAGCCUAAAUGUAAAGUCAGUAUUACAAAUAAUGGAAAGCUUCUUGAUUCGCUUAUAAAUGCUGAGGAAAACGUAUCAUUAGAUUAGUUUUAAUUUAUUAGUUUAGCAGGUGUGUUGGUAAUGGCGAAAACGAUUCCAGUAAUAAAUAAUAGAAACAAAAUUGGGAGAUUUAUCUCUAGGUUUUCUUCAAAUCAGUUGAAUAAAAUAUAAAAUUAUAUAUUCACUGUUUCUUGUGUAAUAUAUAUCCUAUAAUCAAAAUUUGAAAUAAAAUGGAAAAUCUAUGAAAUAACAAAACGUCUACUCCUGAUGUUGUAUAAAGGUUGAACUUAGCUUCGUUCUGUCUAAGUCUGGUAUAAGUAUUAGAAAUAUGGAGUUACCCGAUGAAAUAUGAUAUGCAUUUGUAAUUUGUACAUCAUUUAAUGAUGUUAACGAUACACGGAUAAAUAAAUGGAUGAAUGUUAGUUUUUUUAUAAAGUGUCAGAGUAAGAGAGAUGUGUAUAUAGGGAUGCAAGAUGAAAUGUGAACAUGUGCAUUGCAAUGAAAGAUAUAAACUUGCUGUCUGUGAAGAUGUAUUUGUUCUAUAUAUAUAUGCAAUUGAUGUAUUAAUGCACCUUUUUUUUGAAGUGCGCGAUCUCAGAUGUAACAAUGAUGAAUAAUUUACCAAAAAAAGAACAAUAAGUAUCCUUUUCAGACUUAUGUGAUAAACAUUCUUAGUUUUUCCUUGAAACAAUUAAUCAUAUAAGGUUGAAUAACUGUACAAAGAGUAUGAAGAAGAACUUUAUAUAUAUAUACAUUACCAGUAUAAUUUUCUUUAAUUACCUACUAUACCAAACGUAUUAACGUUGUGUUCUAUAUGUUAUCAUUAAUGAAAGAGGUGUGGCUCAUUGUGAUUCACAAGAUUUACAAUUUCUUAUUUCAUAAUGCCGUGAACUAAGUGAGAUUGAAAUGAUGAUGUUACAGCUUAACUGGCAUUUAUAAGGUCUCGUUCUGUUUUAGUACAAACUUUUAAAUCAACAGAAGAACAACUUGUAAGCAAAACAUAAUAAAAUGAAAGCAUUAUAUCAACAAAACAUAAUAUAAAUAAUAUCCACAAAGCAUAAAGUCAAUGAUAUCAACAAAACAUAAUAUCAUUAAUAUCAACAAAGCAAAACGUCAAAAAUAUCAACAAACCCUGAUACGAUACUAUCAUCAAAACAUAAUAUAGAUAAAAUCCACAAAACAUAAUAUCAAUAAUAUCAUCAAAACAUACCAUCAUGUACGUUUUUUGUGCCAAUUAUCAAGUCUGUAGGUGACAGAGUAUUGGAAGAAAAAACAUUUCAAGUGCAAUAGUAGGAUAAUAUUCAGUUUUGGCAGUGAAAUGUUUUCCAACGUGCUUUACCUUGAACCGUUUCAAACAUCUUCAAAAGAACGUUUUCUUUCAUAUACGAUGAAAAUAAACAGUUUGAAAGA